GGCAGAACAGUGAUGGGAAACACAAAAAGUCAGUAUGAGUCUUUACAAGUAAAAAGAAUAAACCUCUCAGAAGAAAGAAGAAAAGCAUGGGAUGCAAAAAUAGUAAAGGAAUGAAAGAUGGAAAGAUGCUUUGCUUUGUCUGUGCUCAAAUGCUAAUGUGUUUUAAUGUGCUUCAGACUUUUAUCGUUGCCUAUAUAUUCCAUGAUGCAUGUGUUUUGAGCCAUCAUUAACCUGCCAGGGACCUCAGUUGAAAAAUAGCCAGUCACAUUUUACACGAUAGACUCUGGUCAUGAAUGUGCAAUAAAAUAGACAUAAACAUGAAAAUUCAGUUUAAAAAAUGUGCCUUCGCAUAAAAAUAAUACUAUAAAAGUGGGUUUAAAAGAAGUCACUGAUUUCCUCAGCACAGAAAUAAACUAAAUGCAUCUUCCACUACAAGUAAUAGUUAUCAAAACGUGUGUCCUGUGAAGAUUUAUUGUAAAAAAGCUACAUUUGCUAGCUAAAAUCCCUGUCGAGGUCACAGAAUGAGCCGGGUCACAGAAUGCGCCGUAACACCGUCCCAGCAUCCGGGGGGCCGCAGUGCGCAGGCGCAAUCCCCGCUGCAGUUCACUGCGUUUCCGUAGCCAGUUUGCUACCCGCUGAGCCCUGGCCGGGGAAGCAGCUCACGGAAACGAUUGAUCCCGAUCGAAUAACGCCAAAGCUGGACACAUAAAUGGCGGAUUAACACCCACAUUGGCAAGGACUCGCUCAGUCAAUGUUCGCGACUCGGGUGCUUCGGGAGAGUGCGCUGGCAACACCCUCCGUAACAUGUGAGAUGUAUACAGAAAGAUAUUAACUGUGCGUUAUUUCGGCUAACUAGCUAGCAGCUACCCCCCCUCCCCUCCUCUAUCCAAUUUAUGGUAGCUCGCUUGAUCUGUUUUUCAAACCGUCGCGUCUGUACCGGAGGAAAAUGAAGAAGUUUAACAUUAGGAAGGUGCUGGACGGCUUGACAGCGGCUUCCUCCUCCUCCUCCUCCUCCUCCGCAACUGCUCAGCCGGGUACUCCCAGGGAAAACGAUGUGGUCCAGGAGACUCUCCAGUCGGAGCAUUUCCAGCUUUGCAAGACUGUGCGUCAUGGCUUCCCAUAUCAACCAUCCUCAAUGGCUUUUGACCCCGUGCAGAAAAUCUUGGCCAUCGGGACUCAGAGUGGAGCUUUGAGGCUCUUUGGCCGUGCAGGCGUGGAGUGCUACUGUCAGCAUGAGAGUGGCGCGGCUGUCAUCCAGCUCCAGUUCCUGAUCAACGAGGGGGCGCUGGUGAGUGCCUUAGCUGAUGACAGCAUCCACCUGUGGAACCUGAGGCAAAAAAUCCCCGCUAUCCUGCAUUCUCUCAAGUUCAACAGGGAGAGAAUCACAUACUGCCACCUGCCCUUCCAGAGCAAAUGGCUUUACAUCGGCACAGAAAGGGGAAACAUCCACAUUGUCAACGUGGAGUCCUUCACUCUCUCAGGCUACGUCAUCAUGUGGAACAAAGCCAUCGAACUAUCCACCAAGACACACCCAGGGCCUGUCGUGCACAUCAGUGAUAACCCCAUGGAUGAAGGAAAGCUUCUGAUUGGAUUUGAGUGCGGGGUGGUGGUGUUGUGGGACUUGAAGUGCAAAAAAGCUGACUACCGCUACAAUUAUGAUGAGGCGAUCCACUCAGUCGACUGGCACCAUGAGGGUAAACAGUUUGUUUGCAGCCACUCCGAUGGCACUCUGACCACAUGGAAUGUAAGAGCUCCAGCCAAGCCUGCACAGAUCAUCACACCACAUGGAAAGCAGCCUAAGGAUGGAAAAAAGCCAGAACCAUGCAAGCCUAUCCUGAAGGUGGAAUACAAAACAACAAGGGCUGGGGACCCAUUCCACGUCCUGUCUGGAGGUCUGUCUUACGACACAGUGGGGAGGAGAGCCUGUCUGACCGUGAUGCAUGGGAAGAGCACUGCCGUCCUGGAGAUGGACUACCCCAUUGUAGACUUCUUAACGCUGUGUGAAACUCCAUAUCCAAAUGACUUUCAGGAGCCUUAUGCUGUGGUGGUCCUCCUCGAGAAGGAUUUAGUUGUAAUAGACCUCGGACAGAUUGGGUACCCAAUAUUUGAGAAUCCAUAUCCUCUGACUAUCCAUGAGUCACCGGUGACCUGCUGUGAGUACUUUGCCGACUGCCCUGCUGAACUCAUCCCUGCACUUUACUCUGUCGGCAGCCGGCAAAAGAGACAAGGUUACAGCAAGAAGGAGUGGCCCAUUAGUGGAGGAAACUGGGGUCAAGGCACUCAGAGUUAUCCAGAGAUCAUAAUCACUGGACAUGCUGAUGGGUCGAUCAAGUUUUGGGAUGCUUCUGCAUUUAUGCUUCAAGUGCUGUACAAGCUGAAGACUGCCAAGGUGUUCGAGAGGGCUCGCGGUAAGGAGGAGAAGCCGAGUGCAGAUAUAGUAGAGGAGGACCCGUUCGCCAUCCAGACCUUGUCCUGGUGCCCCGAGAGCAGGAUGCUCUGUGUGGCCGGUGUGUCCGCUCACGUUAUCGCCUACAGGUUCAGCAAACAGGAAGUCACUACUGAAGAAGUGCAGCUUUUGGAGGUGCGAAUGCAGGGCGAGUUCACCGAUGGGGACUCCCCCGAUCCAGGAGGGGAUCAGACCCCCACCCAGCUCACCCCGGGAGCUUCCUCCAGCCCCCAGGAGAGCGAGCCUCUCGCCCAGCCCUCCACAGGCAGCAACUCCUCCGACGGACCGCGGGACAAUAUACCAUGCCUGCAGGUGCGGAGCUCCCCGCUGAAGCAGUCUCCGGGCUACCAGGUGGAGCUGGUGAUCCAGCUGGUGUGGGUGAGCGGGGAGCCACCUCAGCCAAUCACCAGCCUGGCUAUCAACUCCUCCUACGGCCUUGUGGUGUUUGGAAACAGUAGCGGCCUGGCUGUGGUGGACUACCUCCAGAAAACUCUGCUCCUCAACAUGGGCACGACGGAGCUUUACAGCCCAUCUGACCCCUACCAGAGGCAGCCUCGCUCCCCGCGCAAACAAAGACAGCCCUCUGGAGCUCUCGGUGAUUCCAAUGAUGGCUCCAACACCUCAGAGGAUCGCUGCAAAUCUCCCACGUCAGGAUCUACCUCACCUUGCAAUUCAGAUGAUGAAAGAAAACAGAGAUUCAUAGAGAAGGUGAAGUCUAAAAGCAGACGCUUUUCCAAGACGGUUGCCAAUGACUUUGCCAAGAUGUCACGGAAAAUUAGCUCGUCUAGUGAAAAGCCAGACAUGGAGGACAGGCCCCAGCGAUGGCACUCUCUCAAAUUUAAGAAGCAAAAUUGUUGCUUGAAGGAAAGAAAGGCUGCAGCCAGGAUGAGCCCGAAGAGGGCCGUCUGUAGAACUAAGUCAGCCCCCAACUCCUAUGCCAAGGAUAACUCAUUCACCCGCUCACGUAGUUCAAGUGUAACCAGCAUCGACAGAGAAUCUCGAGAGGCCAUCUCCGCCUUUCACUUCUGUGAGAGUUACCCCAGGAAGAACGACAGCCUGAUCAGCCCCUGUUUGCUGGUGGGGACCACACAGGGCUCUGUGAUGAUGGUGGCCCUCAGCCUGCCGCCCGGUGGGGACCAGAGGCUGCAGCAACCCGUUGGCAUCUCCUCCUGCGGCACCCUGGUCAGUCUCAAAGGAGACAUUUUGACUAUGGCUCUGUUGGACUCUACUGGAGCUCUGCUGCCCCCUUCCUACGAGCCGUGGUAUGACCCAAACGCCUCAGAUGAGGAGAAGGAGAAGACGAGGAGGCGCAGGCCGGCCUCCCCUCCGUCAUCACAAGAGGGUCCAGACUCCCAGUUUGCAGUGCUGUGCUCAGAGAAACAGGCCAAGGUGGUGGCCAUGCCCUCACACACCCGCAUCUACAAACACAACAUCACAGAGUCCUCCUUCGUGCUGAGGGCGGAUGUGGUGCAGAUGGCCGGAGCUAACUGCAUCGCCUGUUUCUGUGCUAAUGGGCACAUCAUGACUCUGAGUUUACCCAGUCUAAGGCCUCUGCUGGACGUCAACUACCUGCCGCUGACAGACAUGCGCAUAGCCAGAACGUUCUCCUUCUCUAACCUGGGUCAGGCUCUGUAUCUCACCUCCGCCACCGAGAUCCAGAGGAUCACCUACAGCCAGGAGACCUGCGAUAACCUGCAGGAGAUGCUCAGUGAGUUAUUCACCCCUGUGGAGACACCAGAGGCUCCUAACAGAGGUUUCUUCAAAGGCCUUUUCGGUGGAGGAGCUCAGUCUCUGGACAGGGAGGACCUCUUUGGUGAAACAGCUGCAGGUAAGGCCUCUCGUAGCUUGGCCCAGCACAUCCCGGGCCCAGGGGGCAUGGAGGGCAUGAAGGGUGCAGCGUCUGGGGUUGUGGGAGACCUGGCCCGCGCCCGGAUAGCUUUGGAUGAGAGAGGGCAGAAACUGGGCGAACUGGAGGAGAGAACGGCAGCCAUGAUGGCCAGCGCAGACUCAUUUUCCAAACAUGCUCACGAUAUGAUGCUGAAGUACAAAGAUAAGAAGUGGUACCAGCUCUGAUGGCAGCGUGUGGAGCAUCGGACUCUGUUAUCACGCAAACACCAGUGUCUCCGAGGAGCCGCGGGUCCCUCUUCUUCUCUUCUCUAUUUCUUCUCCACGGGGGGUUCUGCUCGACAGACUCAUGCUUUUACUCUCAGCACAAUAUCAUACACUCUGCAUUACCUCAGUCACCGGAGGACUGCCGCGGAGUAGACACACUGGCCGACCCGACGUAAUGAGAAUGGAAAGAAAUGGAAGAAGAGGAGCCCCUCUGGAAUCUCUCUUUCCAUUUCAGUCGAGAGCGUCGGUGUUCGCGACGAGUCCGCAGAACAGGAGAGAGAGGGGACCAUUCAUAUCCAUCAGUCAUGCACUCAUAUAUAUCUCAUAUAUAUAUCUACACACCCUGCUGUUUUGUUCUGGAAGAGGAAAAGACAAUUCUGCAAAACAUGUACUUGUGGAGGCCUGAUUGCAUAUUUCUUUUCCGUUCUCUGCCCUUUAUGGUGUCUGCCAAACACAGUGGACUUACACGAGGAGAAAAGUCUGAUGCCCCCCCCCCGUCCUUCAAAUCUAAUCAAGUAAAAGACGAUGUACGUUUCUACAUGAAUGAUUGAAUCAACGAAGGACUCGUAUAUGUUUGUUUUUCUGGUCUAAAUUAUUUUUUAGAGCGUGAUCUCUAAGCUUUCGUCAAGUUUGGUCAGUCUCGAUGUUCUUUUUUUUGUCCAGAAAGGGCCUUUCAAGCACUUAGAACCGUAGAGAAUAGACGGGGAGAUGAUGAAUCUGUUGCCUCUCACUGAAUAAGGGCUGGUAGUACACUAGUUCAUCACCGACCAUUCCUUAUACAGCAUUUUUCUCCAACCAGGUUGUUUUAGGUGAGAGCGGCAAACGCUUUCUGAGUCACUUUGGUUUGAUUUUUAAAUUAGAUUAUUUAUUGGAAGAUUUAAAGAGAUAAGACGUGAAAAAGACAUUUUUUUUAUGUUGGGCAUUUAAUUUAAUUUUUCUUUUUCCUUUGCGCUUAAAAAAAAGUGCUGAAAAUGUUUACCCCCCUGCUGAAGAGUUUACAGAAUAAUGAAGAGUUGAUACACUGGAAAAACAAAAAAAAACCCUGAAGGUCUUGUAUUCCUCGAGCUUUCACGGGGCUGUAGCGAAAAGUCACAUAUGACAAAGACGACGAAGUUGAAGGGCGAAGACAAAGAUUGUCUGAAAAAUAUGAUUGGCAUAAAUGUAUAUUUUGGUUACAAGUUUUUUGUGAUAAAGAUUCUAUCUGUACACGGAUUCUUCGGAUUAUUAUUUUUUUAUUUCUUUUUGGCAUUCAGUCAUUGCUGACUCUCGUCUCGUUUCUCAGAUGUGUAGGGGGGGAAAAAAAAGCAUGUGUCUCUUACAGCACAAUGGAAAUGGUCAUGCUGUCUUUGUAUUCGUAGCUGCCGGUAGAAGCGACCAAGCACCACCGAGUGUUUCCACGCAGUGCCAUUUGGUCAUCUCGCUCUGAACCAUUCACUUAAAAAAAAAAAAAAAAGAAAAAAAAAAUACUGUUUCUCUUCUGCCUUUGCCUCAUGACGCAUAUAUGCUAACCUCUACCUAUGUGUAUGUCUGUGUGUUCGUGAACAUACAUAUAUUCAGGAAUAUGUGUAUGGGCGCCAAUAUUUAUAAUACUACAUAGAUACAGUGUAUUACAAUAGGUCUUUUGAGGUUUUUGUUUUUGCUUGACAGUGUUUCUUCAAUGUGAUUAACUAGAAUUCUAUUGUAAUUAGAUUUCUUUCUCAUGAGGUGCGAGGAUCUGCUGCUAUUCGUGUCAAUGUAGGAGCAUUACCUGUCGGGUCUUUUAUUUUGAAAAGGAGAGACAAAGAAUUUGUCGGUUCCAGAUCGCUGCCAAAUGUUGUAAAUAACGGGACGGCUGGACACAAAUCUGACAGUGCAGGUUCAGGCAACGUGGCAUAACUGUACGCUUGCGGCCAUGUUCUUUUCCGACACCAAAGAGUUGCUUAAUUUCACAGAGUUGUCUUGAUUUUUGUUCCUUUUCUCCCCAAAUGGUUAAGAGUCAGUCUGGAGAUCUUCGACAGCAACUCUGUAGUCGAGAAGUCGUCUGUGUUUAAGGGGAAGUAGUGGAUUCGAUUGAGCUCCUUCUGACGGGAAAACCACCCUCGUUACUGCUGUACAUUUGUCCAGAGGGGUUUAUUUUUGAAGAGUUUCAUUCCAAAAUGAGAUGUCCACCAAAGAAAAUCAUGCAGCUCUUGGGGAAAUGGUUGUAGACAUGACGGUAAAAAACUGUGAGAAGUUCUGAUUGAUUUCACAUAGAUUUUUAGAGUACUGAAUCCUGCGUGCAGAGGAGGCGUUGAGCUACAAAUGACACCAAAAAUGUUUUUAUUCAAGUUGGAUAAAACAUUUUGGAAUCGAACCCUUCACUUUCCAAGCCGGCUGAUUUUAAUCUACUGUGUACUACUGAGACAAACCCAUUUCAAAGAGCAGUUCUGUGGGUUUUGCACUAUUUUUUGUACUUAGUACUAUAUAUAAUAAUUUUGUUGGUAUAAUUUUUUUUAGUGUUUUUAUUUUUAUUUUUUGUCCCAUUUUCUUAUUUUAUUUUGGAAGGACCAAAACGUGACAGAACCUAUGCUUAUCAUAUGUCAUUUGCCAAUUCUUGCUGAUUGCUUCACUCUCAGAUUUGUUUUCAACGUCAGGUUAACGAUACUAUGAUAUAUUUAUAUAUUUGAAAACAAAUAUAUAUAUACUUUUAAUUUCAAUAAUCUAUCAAAAUUAAUACCUUUAAUGUAAUUUUUUUUUGGGGGGGGGGGGGUAGGAUAAUGUCACAUUUAAUGUCCAGAACAAUGGUUGUGCAUAAUUAUCCAUCAUCCAGACACGACAGUGAACAUUUUCUGGUUAUAUAUUGAACAUGCUCAUCUCAGAUUCAAGCUUUGCUACUUGCAGGAGGGUUUGCCUCCUCUCGGCGGGCCGCUGAGUCUUUCUACGAAGUGUGGCCUCGACUUUAAAGUGCUUCAGUUUGCAACAUAUAUGUCCUAAAUGGUCUCUUAUUGCACAUUGAAGGAUGCAUGAUAUUAAGUGUUUACAAACUUGAAAACAACCAUGUAUUAUCCCUCUUAGAGAUUGUCUGUUCUGGCAUUUGUAUUUACCACCACGUUGAACAAAACACUGGAGUUCUCGUCAACACAUUCGGGCGCCUGUGUCCCCAUUUUCAUUCCAUCAUGCCGGUCGUGUAAGUGUGAGAGCAUAUAUAUUUAUUUUAUUGGUACAUCCGUUUAUGUUACUGUUUGCUCCAUGGAAAAACUCUUGCUUCCCCUGCGCCGUAGUGAAAUGCCGUAGAAAGCGAAGAAGCCGUUGGCCUCGCAGCGCCGUGCAGGAGAGCUCAAGGGUUUCCUCACCCGCCAUACUUCUGUCCAUCUGUCUGUCUUCUGGGAUGAAUAUCUGUGGAGUUGCAGUAUUUUCUCAUAGUAGGCAAUUUUUGUACAGUUUUAUUAAAAUAAAUUUCACAUGGAUGUCUGACUUAAUCUGCUGCCACAAACAAUUUAGACUGUAGAUACAGUAUAUAUAUAUUAUUGUGCAAUGGAAAAUAAAUGUAAAACCAAUCAUA